AUGCUGCUGCUGACGCGGGUCGUGUUGCUCUCAGCGCUCUGCGCCGCGGCGCUCGGCUGCCCCCGCAUCAUCUCCCGCUCCCAGUGGGGGGCCCGGCCCCCGAGAGGCAGGGUCCCGCUGAGGACCCCGGUGCCCUUCGUCAUCAUCCACCACACGGCAGGGAAUCGCUGCUACACACAGGCCUCCUGCAGCCGGCAGGUCAGGGGCAUCCAGAACUACCACAUGGACACCCAGCGCUGGCCCGACAUCGGCUACAACUUCCUGAUCGGCGAGGACGGCAACGUCUACGAGGGCAGAGGCUGGAGCACCGUGGGGGCCCACGCCACGUACUGGAGCGCUAAGUCACUGGGAUUCAGCUUCCUGGGCAACUUCUCCAAAACAGCCCCCAACGCUGCUGCCCUGAACGCCGGCAAGAGCCUGAUCCAAUGCGCCGUCUCCAAGGGCUUCCUGAGCCGCAGCUACACCAUGACGGGGCAUCGCAACGUGAACCCGACCAGCUGCCCCGGGAACGCCCUCUACGGGGUCAUCAGCAAGUGGCCCAGGUUCAAAGGCAAACCCUGA